UUUUUCAGUAUUGCCAGUAAUAACCGAACAGGGCCCUUAUCUUCUUGCUUAGGUUACACAACCUCAACGGCUCAACAUCUAAUAAAUCCUGCGUCGUGUUGAUUGAAUGUUCAGAAUUAUAUAAAUGCGAGAGAGAUUUUAAACAGAAGACUUUCUUAUUACUAUAUAAUCUUUCCGAUAAAAGUGUAACAUAUAGUGCAUUAUAACAACAAUGAAUACUUUGCGUUUGGACAUGUUACCUACCGAGAUAUUAGUAAUCAUUUUUGAUUACUGCGACGUGUGCGAUUUUACACAACUUGACCAAGUGUGUAAACGAUUUCAUCAGAUCAUACGCAGCAAUGUGGUCUGGAAACAACACUAUAAAAGGUUUCUCGUCACGAAUCAAGUAUCGGAACAGUUUCGUCAAAGAUGCAAUCUGCUUUUACCAUCGUAUUCUAAAUAUUUCAUAUCGCAAAAUUGGAUACGAGGAGGCUAUCAGCAGCGUAUAUUACGAGGACAACGAGACAAGUUGAUGCCAUGGCUGCAGUUAACAAGCAAUAAGCUCUGGUGGAGUGGUGGAAAUAUGAUCUUUGGUUUUGACAGACAAAAAAAGACUCACCAAAAAACUACUUUUUCUUUUGAUAAAACUUAUCCAGGAAAUUAUGAUCACGAUAUAUGGAGAUUUAUUCUUUGGGGAGAUUACAUUGUGACUGGUCACAACAACGGCAGGAUAAUGUGGCAAACAAAAUCACCAUUUAAAAAUAGAUACAACGGAUGUAAUGAAUGUAUAAAAAAGAAAGAACUGAUUCUUUACAAUAAUUCAAUUUCGGCACUUGAAACUACAUCAAACAUUAUUUUCUCAGCUGCUGGUUCUGAAUAUACUAUAAUAAGAGUAGAAAACAGCCUAGAUAUAGAUUCAAUUAAUAAUGAUAACAUAGUCCGAAAAGAGAUUCCUGGAUGCAGAAUACGGUCACUCGCUAUUCAUCCUUUAGGAAAAAUAUUGAGUGUUGUAUCCGAAGAGUUAGACAGGAUACUUCACAUUGAUCUAGAACAUGAUGUUGAAAGAGAGGAAAUUGGUCCUUCUCAGAACACUGAAAUAAUGGACACUUUAUGGGAAGAUACCAAUACUUUACUUACUUGCGGCUUCCGUCAAAUACAAAAAUGGGACUUGAGAGUAAGGGAUUUUGUGAGCACAUGGCACGAUCCAACCGAUGCGGGGACAUAUUGCAUUUCUUCCGAUCAUCACAAUACGAUGAUUACAGGAGCACAGUAUCAUUCUAAGGCAGUUUUAUGGGAUCAAAGGAUGCCUACCUUCGUUCAGAUGUAUUUUAUGCAAGCACCAUUUGCAAAACAAUUUGAUAUGAAUAGUCCGAUAUAUUCUCUGCGAUUUGAUAGCACAUGGUUAUAUUGCGCCACGGACCGUUUCCUGUACGAAUUAGAUUUCUCUAAACAUGGAUGUCCAGUACGUGAUUACAAAUCAAUUCCAUUAUGGAAUCAGACUCGGGUAAUACAUUACAGUGCAAUCUUAUAACCAUAGCGAUGUUUGAACUAUGAAACACGUUACAGUAUAAAGAAACAGAAUGAACAAGUGCAAUAUUGUUCAUACAUAAGUGUAUUUAGUUAUAAAACGAAGUUUCCUCCGAUACUGUAAUUUUUGCAAGUUUAUUUUUAAUGUACAAAUAAAGAUAAAUUUAUAA